UAGGCAGUCAGUAUUAAAAUUUAAAAAUCAGUUAAGUAUUUGAUAAUUACGAAAAUUCUAAUGGAAUAAAAUAUUGAGUAGAUCGUGUGUGAGAUUAUUAUUACCAAAAAAUGUCUUUUCAAAGUAAAACCAUAUCAAGUCAAAGAAGCACUCAAUCUAAAUCUAUGAAAACAUUUGUUGAGGAUGCUGAUGCAGAAGAAAUUUGCCAAAUGCUUCUUGAAAUAUUAAAUACCAGUGAAGGCAUAAAGAUGCUGGAUAAUUUGUUGCAAGCUUUCAUUUUAACUUCAGAGAUACAUCACGACAAGAGAAUAAAAUUAGUAAAAUCAGUAUUUGAUGCUCUAAAAAAGCCAAAAGUUACAACCAAACAUGUAGAUGAAAUUGUAAAUAGAAUAGUGAUUGAUUUUCACGCAUUCAGUAGAGGUCACCUGACCAAACUUGUUGAUUAUUGUCUCGACAGAAUUAGGACUAAUGAUGAUGACCAUAUGAGUUGGAAAGAUGUGCUGCCCGUACUACUUGAAAAGUUAGAGGAUGAAAAAUCAAUAAAUUAUAGAGGAACUGAUGUUUCUGGUCAAGAUUAUAAAAUUACUAUAUUGCGUUCGAUUUGUGACAUAGAUUGGGAUACUAAAAUUCUUACAUCAUUAGCCAAAAUGUUUGUAGAAAUACUUACUGAUGUAAAGGAUAAACUAAUUAGUGUGACAAUAAUGAAAGCUUUAACAAAUAAACUUAUAGAUAUUGAACUCAAUGAAUUGCCACCUCUGACUCAUCAAUUGCUAAAACUAGGACCAGAUCACAACAGUAUUUUACUAUUUUCCACAUUGUCCAGAUUCUUUGCUCAUAAUUAUGCAAGUCUAUCAGAAGAUAACAAUAGUGAAGAAAUAACAGAGAAUAUCAUAUCUAGUAAAAUCACUUUAAAAGAGUUGCAAAAUGUAGAAAGUACGGUAUUGUAUCAUAUAUAUCAGUCAGUGCUUGACAACGAGAAAGGUGCCAAGGAGUAUAUGAAAUGUUUGAAAUUAAUAGUCAAUGCUCCAGAAUACGUUAUGAAACCUUUUGUGAUGUCAGUACUGUUAUUAUUAUCUGAUUUGUAUGAAGAACAAGCAUUUUCAAUUCUGAAAUCAGCUGUAGUGAGACAAAUUCAAGAUGAGGAGUAUAAAAAUAAUAGUGCUUGGUUGAGAAAAGUCUUACAAGUUGAAUUAGGUACAUUUCAAGUGAUAAGUCAAGUUAUUGAUAACAGUAACAAAAAUCGUGAGUUGGUUUUGAAAGGUAUGGUAAAUUUUGCUUUUGCCCUAUUGGGUAUUGAUAAGAAAGCAGGCAGUGACAGUCACCUUCCAUGGGAUUAUGGCAGCAAAAUUAUACAAAAGAUUGCAAAAAAAAGAAGUGACGCAACUGCGACAAUACUCGAGAUUUUAGUUAGUAAAAUCGUUCGAUCCGGAUCUGUUACUCAGUACACUGAUUGUCUAUCAUACUUGUGUCGGCGAUUAACAAUGACAGUUUUAGAGCACCAAGUUUGGAUAACAACAUUAUUGGAGCACAUUUUGGACAUACGAGCUAAUGUAGCUGCGGAAAUUUUGAGAGCAAUACUUCCACUUAUGCGAAUUUUCGGUUCUAUUCGUGACAACCUCAUCAUGAUUUUGCGAAAAGCUUUGUAUCGACAAGGAGUGCAAACGAGGAAAAUGGCUGUACUCGGUUUUCUUCAGUUAUUAAAGAAUCUUAAACUUAAAACAUUCAAUGCUCUUAGUCAACCGGAAUCGUUGUCUUUGUCAAACGUUGCAUCUUCGUCGUCUCUGUUUACUCAAGUAACAUUAGAAAGAUCAUCACAACGAGUAUCUUCAAAUCCGUGGCAUAAUACCAAUCUGUGUCGCGAAAUCUUGUCAAUACUUCAAAGGUGCUUCUCUCAUGAAACUGAAGUGCGAUCUCAUUUGUAUCGAGAACUCUACUACAGCAUACUCAAGAAUACCGAACUAACGGAAUACGCCGUGGAAAUGUUACUCGAGCAUUUCUACGUUUUUUAUGAAAAAGAUGAGCAGGUCUUACCACCUUUAAAUUUCGAUAAAUGUGGUGCGAUUCAAGGUGUUGAUAUCGUUAUGCAAGAACCUUUGGCUGAUCUGAUUUUUGUUCUACAGAAGAUCUAUUUGAAAGUUGCAUUAAAGGAUUCUGCGACGAUUGAAAAACUCUCAGUACUUCUCGAAUCGCUUUGCGACAGGAUGAUUCAAACAGACAUUGAACAUUUGGGCCUUGGCGAUGAAAUAGAUCUAUCCGACAACACUCCCAAAUCUCAACAGAAAAUACUCAACAUUAAACUAACGAUAUCAAUUUUUGAAUCACUGAUGGCUUUCAGAAUUAUGUCGUGGUCGCAGUAUAGCGGGAAUAUCGGGCAAAGUAUAAUUUCAUUGUACAAAGGUUACAUGCGCUUUGUAGAAUACAUAAAGCGAGUUGGUAAAAAGAAAGGUGGGAAGGGUAAAAAAGAUAAAGACAAAGAUAAAGAUACCAAUGAUAUAACGCUUAAGAAAUCCGGACGACCGACUACAUUGAAAUUGCCUAAUACUGUGAUGGAUUUUGAUACUCUUUCGAAAAGCAUUGUUUUGCUGUAUGAUCCUUCAAAUCAGUGGGUCAGUGAAGAACAAACAGAUUGUUUGAGAGGACGGAUAGAGUUUCAUCAGUACAUUUUGCAGACGUGUUUACAACUUUUUCAUAAUGUCAAAGUCUUGAAAGAAAAUGAACUCAAAAAUUAUUUGGAGUUGAAUAAAAAAAACUUUUUUACUAUUGGAGAAACGCUCUACAACCGAAUCGUAUCAGAUUUGAAGACUGUAAACGCAUUUAAUCCGACAGUGGCAGGAUUAGGUGUAGAAUGUUUUAAAGAAUGUUGUGAAGUUAUGUGUACUCUUUACUCAACUGAACUUCCUGUUUUUCUUGAAUUAACAUGUGGUGCAAAAUCAUCGGACAGUCUUUCACUGAAGAUACAGUCAUUAAUCAUGCCAUUAAAGGAUAUUUUUAUAGAAAAUCUCACAAGAGAAGAAGAAGAACCUGAAGAAGUACCUGCUCAAACCAUUCCCGGACACUUAAUUGACAUUGUUUCUAAUCUUGUCAAGAAAAUUAUAUUCAAUGAAGUAAAACAUGAAGAUGUGUUUGAUUGGAUGAGUAAAGUUGCCGAAGAAUAUGAAAACCUUGACGUGCAAGUGUCUUCUAAAAUCAUACAACUGAUACUUCUGGUAGAAGAGCGUAGUUUAGAAUAUGGUGAAACUGUUCAAGAUGUCUGUCUUGAAUUCUGUGCUAUUUUAGGAAAAAUUGAUAAAACUGAAAUAACUACUACAAGAAAAUUCCAAAUUAUAAACGAAGAUAACGUUUACAUUGCAUACAUCGCUGUGAACAAAAUGCUUACUUUAAAGAUGCAAAACCUUAUUUGGAUUCUUGGAACGCUCAAUUCUGAACACAUAGCUAUGAACAGUAUUGAAAUAAACAGUGAAGCUAAUCGAAAGCAAAUAAAGGAUAAAGAGCAGAGCUUGUGCCGACAGUUUGGAUUUAUUUUAAGAGCUUUUGAAGUUUUGGCCAACGUGAAAAUAGAACCAGGCCAAGCAUCUGAUUCUACUUUUAAAAAUAUUCAGAAAGUUUACAACUUUGCUUGUUCGUUAACCAAAUAUUUCAAGAAAAAGUCAACACCAGAAAAUCCAUCUUUCCAGUCAGUCAAAUUUGUUUCAAUAAUUCACGGAGCAGGUAAUGCUUUGAAGCAUGCGGUUAUGAAUUUAAUAGUACACGUGGAGGCAAACCAAAGUGGUGGAAAAUCAAAUGACGCUCUUCUACAACGUAACAAGAUUCUCAAAGAAACUAUGGUUAUACCGGGAGUGGUACAAGCUAUCGAUAACUUCGAUAAAGAGAUCGUUUUGCUAUCAAAGAAAACUAACCUGGAUUUGAUAAAAUUCACGAAAUUUGAUGCAAUUAGAGAUUUCAGAAUAGAACACACACAAUUUUUAAAUAAUUUGGAAAAAAUGAACGUCAGUCUUAUGGUCACUCAAAACAAUCAUAUUAACGAAUCCAACGAAGAAUCAAACGAUGAAAGUGACAACAAUAGUGAGAGCGACGGAAGUCCGAAAGCUAAACGACAUUGUAAUUAAUCUACAUUAGAUAUUUACUUAUUUUGUUGGUAAUUAAGAUUUGAAUUUAAUUAUUAUUUAUUUUACUGGAAUAAGAUUAUUAUUUUCACAUGAAAAUGAAUAUAUAUAAUCUAGAAAUACAUUUACUCAAAAGUUGAUUUAAGAAAACUG